CACUCAACCACAGCGACGGUAGGUACCGCUGUAUCACACCUUGUCCGCACGAAACGUCAGUGAUAGCGGAUAGAAAAACAGUGAACUGAAAACUAUCGACUGAAAAAACGUGUUCGCCCGAGAAUUCGAUAAUUAUUACUAAUUUAUAAUAUAAUAAAGCUAAUAGUACGUUCUAGUUUGCAAUAAGUGAAGCCUAUUGCGGUUAUUGUGAAUCUUACAUCUAAUAGUACGGUGGUAAUCCUUACAAACUAAUAGUACGGAUAGUAAGCGUAGGUUAGUAGAUACAUGCAAUGCUUGAUAUAUGCAAUCACAGUUUAGACUAGAUAAGAUUAAAAUUUGAUAUUUGUGCUACAGCUGCUGUUCUGGAAACAAAAAAGAGAAGAGUGCCUUAAGCGUCUAAUAUUAAAAAUAAGUACCAAACACUCAAGAAACAGUAUUCCCACAUCCGAUCCUGUAACGAUACACUGAAGGGACACUAAACGUAAGUCUAUCAUAUCUACAGUUAAAAUAAUCAAUAUUUACAAAAAAUAUUCAUGUAAAAAAACAACAACAAUAUGCACAACAACAAAAUAACGAAAUACUUAUAUCAUUUUAUAAUUAUAAUCUCUCACGAUAGGAAUUUUUUAACGCUAGUUGUAAUACACGUUAUAAAAUCGGAAAACCGUCUAUCUUUUCGUUGCAUCUUGCAACAUUUUAAAAAAUUCGUUUAUGGUGAUCGGGGAAGCUGGAAUUAUGGCGCCAAAGAAGCCAAGUGUGAGUUGUGGUAUGUGCCGGGAUCCGGACGAUAGUCGGAUGGUUAGCUGCGACGAUUGUGGAUCGUGGUUCCAUUUCAAGUGCGUGGGUGUGAAUGAAGACAUCGAGGAGGUAGAUUGGAGUUGUUCAGCGUGCGUGGCAAAACGGACAGAUCAAAUCUCAUCGGUCAACAUCAAUCCUGCAGGAAAUGGAACGGGUCCAAAAUUGACGGGCGAACAAGAGCAAGCUAAACAACUCAGCGAAUUCCAGAAGAAGUUGGACCAGAUGCAGGCAAAGUUUGAAGAACAGCAGCGUACGUACCAGGCGCUGCUUACAGAAAAGGAUCGUCAGUUGGAGUCUGUGGUGACAGAUCUCAAGAUCCAGUUUGAUCGUCGUAUGGAAGCCAGAGAGAGAGAAAUUCGCGAGGAGUUGAGCAUUCCGACCGCUCCACCGUCUGCAAAUUCGACGACUGUAGGAGGAACGAACAACCGGUCAUCGAAUGAAGUGAAAAUGGCGAUGGAGAAAAUGGAAAAGCAGCUCGCGGAGAUGUCGAAGAAGCAGGAUCAGCAAACGAGGACUCUUGAGGAGCGAAUUCGGGCGAUGGAAAUCAACAGAAGUCGAUCAAACGUAUCCGAUUCCGAUCCCAACGAGCUCAGCCGAAGUCAACUGGCCGCGCGGCACGCAGUGACGAAAGAGCUGCCUACGUUUUCGGGCAAUCCGGAAGAGUGGCCUCUUUUUAUUUCGACGUACGAAAGCAGUACCAGGAUGUGCGGUUUCAGCGACGAAGAAAACCUUCUUCGACUCCAGCGUAGCCUGAAGGGGAGAGCCCUCGAGACCGUUCGAAGCCGGUUACUGCAUCCAGCGGGACUUGCAGGUGUCAUUAGGACGUUAAAAACGCUGUACGGGCGGCCGGAAGUUAUCGUCCACUCGCUAGUCUGCAAGAUUCGGGAAAUGCCAUCGCCGAAGACGGAGAAGUUAGGAACUCUGAUCGAUUUCGGUGUUGCAGUCCAGAACAUGUGUGCGACGAUCGUGGCAAGUGGACUAAACGAGCACUUGUGCAACGUGGCACUUCUUCAAGAGCUCGUCGAAAGACUACCAUCAACCGUGAAGCUCGACUGGGCGAAACAUCGUUCAACGUUACAGGCGGUGACACUCGAUGACUUCAGCAAAUGGUUGGAGAUACUCGUGGAAGCGGCAUGCGUGGUAACGAUUCCAUCAACGAUCAGUGCGUACGCUAGCAAGCCUGAGAAGCGUAUACGGAAGGAGGAAGUUCAUGUUCACCUCCAAUCCAGCUCCAGUCAAGCGGCGGCAGGAUCGACGGCCUCUACGACGUACCCCAGAAAUACAACGAAGCCAGCAGCGUCGAAACAGUGUGUCAUUUGCCAAGGAGGAUGUAGCAGUGUGGGAUCAUGCAGGAAGUUUCAAGACCUGGAUAUCGGGGCAAGAUGGGCAGCGCAGAAGCAGAACAAGUUGUGCCGGAAGUGUCUGGCGAAGCAUUUCGGAGCGUGCGCAGUGAAGCAAGCUUGCGGAAGAAACGGCUGUUCAUACAUGCAUCAUGAGCUGCUACAUGAUGAUUCCAGAUACCAGCGAGCAGAAAAUUCCUCAACGGUGAAUUCCCAAGGCGCGGCAGAAACACCUGUCGAACAGUGCAACACUCACGUCAGUUACGUCAGCAAGAUUCUCUUCCGCUACGUUCCAGUCAUCCUACACGGACGAGGCAAGCUCGUUCGCACUGUCGCAUUUUUGGACGAAGGCUCAUCGGCGACGCUGAUGGAGCACAGCUUACUAGACGAGUUGGAGCUGGACGGAGAGUCGUAUCCGUUGUGCCUAGGCUGGACGGGAGAUCAUCAACGACAGGAGAUGAAGUCCGUGAUGUUACCUCUGGACAUUUCCGGAACGCGCGGUGGAGAGAAAUACCGACUGUCGAAAGUCCACACGGUGGAGAAUCUGUCGCUACCGCAGCAGACGUUGAAGAUGGCAAAGCUAGCAUCCGAGUAUGAGCACCUGGACGGCGUAUCAGCGGAUUCUUAUCACAACGUUCGGCCGCGGAUACUCAUCGGUAUAGAUAACUGCCGUUUGGGUCAGGCGUUGGACAGCAGGGAAGGUGGCAAAGACGAACCGAUUGCCGCUAGAACACGCCUAGGAUGGAUAGUGUUCGGACCAUGCUCUACGACAUCUCAUCCAACGACGAACUUCACAGCGCACCACAGUAUUCACGUGUGUCCGUGCUGCGAGCAAAGUGACGCGGAUCUUCAUAACAUGGUGAAAACGUACAUGUCCCUAGACAGCACGGGAGUAAUGAGUUCCGUUAAACCUCUCUUAUCGAAGGACGACGAGCGAGCGGAGCAGUUGCUGAAAUCGUUGACGCGUGUGAAGGGCAAGCGAAUGGAAACCGGACUGCUUUGGCGGUGUGACGAUGUUCGACUGCCGGACAGCAAACCGAUGGCGAUGAGACGGCUGAUCUGUUUGAAGAAGCGAAUGCAGCGGGACCCGGCGUUGGCUGAAGCGGUGAAGGAGAAGAUUCGGGAUUACGAACGAGCCGGGUACAUCGAGAAGCUGACGAAGAACCAGUUAGCCGAGAAAUUCGAUCGGGUUUGGUAUCUCCCAAUCUUUCCGGUUGUCAACCCAAAUAAACCGAAAAAGAUGCGCUUGGUUUGGGACGCAGCAGCUAAAGUCUUAGGACUCUGCCUGAAUUCAUUUCUAUUAACGGGACCUGAUCAUCUCACCUCUUUGGUCUUCGUUCUACAACGUUUCCGGGAGUUCCGUAUAGCCAUCACCGGCGACAUUCGGGAGAUGUUUCUGCAGAUCUUGAUGAACUGGUUCGAUCAACAGUGCUUGAGAUUCCUAUGGCGGGACGGCGAGCAAGAUCGCAGCCCAGACGUCUACGUUACGAAAGUGAUGACCUUCGGAGCGACGUGUUCACCAAGUACUGCGCAGUACGUGAAGAACUACAACGCGGAGCGGUUCCAGGAUGAGUUUCCACGAGCGGUAGAAGCAAUCGUGAAGGAGCACUACGUCGACGAUAUGCUGUCAAGCGUAGAGACGGAAGAAGAGGCGAUAAAGUUGGCGAAAGAUGUCCGGCACGUCCACGCAGAAGCGGGCUUUGAGAUCCGGAACUGGCUAUCAAAUUCGAAUCGAGUGCUGCAGGAGUUGGAUGCGAGUCCCGGGGAGAAGAGUUUGAAUCUUUCGGGCGAGAUGGCCACGGAGAAGGUUCUUGGCAUGUGGUGGUGUACAGCGACUGAUACGUUUACCUACAAAAUUCCUCCGAGAGUCAACGCCGAGCUGCUGCAAGGUGACAUCGUUCCAACGAAAAGGCAGAUCUUAAGCACGCUGAUGACCAUCUACGAUCCGCUGGGACUACUGGCGCACUUCUUAAUGUUCCUGAAGAUACUGUUGCAGGAGAUUUGGCGAAGUGUUGUAGGCUGGGACGAGUCCAUCAAAAGUGAGCAGUUCGAGAAAUGGCAGACCUGGUUGCGCGUCCUCCCGCAAGUGGAAUCGGUCAGCGUGCCAAGGUGUUACCGAUCGAAGACGAGCAUAAGCGAGCGGAAUUCGAUUCAGCUGCAUGUGUUUGUGGAUGCGUCGGAGAACGGCUUCGCUGCAGUCGCCUAUCUGCGGUUCGAAGAGGAUGGAGAGGUUGAGUGUGCGCUCAUCCGUGCGAAGACUAGAGUAGCUCCACUACGAUUCGUGUCGAUUCCCAGACUAGAACUACAGGCAGCAGUCAUCGGUGCCCGUCUAGCGAACGACGCCAUGGAGACGCACAAGCUGAAGCCUACGCAAAGAUUCUUCUGGACGGAUUCACGCAACGUCCUCAGUUGGCUGAAUUCCGAUCACCGGAAAUAUCAUCAGUUUGUUGCGGUACGGAUCAGUGAAAUGUUGGAGUUGACGGAAUCAUCGGAAUGGAACUGGGUUCCGACGAAGCUGAACGUCGCUGACGAUGCAACAAAGUGGCAGAAUCUCCCGGAUCUUUCUCCUAGCAGUCGCUGGUUCCGUGCUCCGGAGUUCCUGUGGGGACCGAAAGAGGGAUGGCCAGUCAUCGAGUCCAAGUUCGAUCAUACCGCAGAGGAGAUACGGGCGCAUGUGCAGCACCAUUCCGUCGAACGCGCUCUAUUCCGGUGGGAAGAUUUUUCGAGAUGGAACCGUCUUCUUCGACACGUUGCCUUCAUUCAACGAUUUCCGUCGAAUCUACGUCGGGGGCGGUGCUGCGAAUGA